GGAAGCCCCAAGCUUCUUUUAGAGGUACACAGAACUAUCAGGUCCAAAGCAAAGCAAAUGGUGAUUUUUCUAAAAUGUAACUUAGCCGCUUGACAAAUGUUAAGGUUAAAUCCUAACGAAUCUAGAAGGUUAAGCAACUUUUCUUUUACAAACUGGAUCAAAUGCUACACGGAAAGAAAUGGGGAGAAUCCUAAUCACAGAGCUGCAUUUGGGUACUAAGUUACAAAUUAAAAUUUGGGAGAAUUGGAAAAAUUAUUUCUGGGGUGUGUUUCCUGUGUUUUACAAUUGUUUCCUAAUACAAAGCACGUUUGCGAGUAAGUACAAGGCUUGCAGCAAUUCAUCUUUCUGUACUGGACCCGCCCAAGGCGACAGAACUGCGCGUAGCGGGCUGAGCUCCGUGUAAACACAAGGUCACCAAAGAUCACAAUUUCAGACACCCCUCCCCUCAAGAAAUCUGUGUCUAAGAGCGACUAUAGGAACGUGUAUUCAGCUCCAGUUUUUGUGAGACUGGGGCAAAGGUUCUGGGGAACGAGAUAAAGAUAAAGACUAGCUACAAAAAGGCUAUAAAAUUUAAGAUAAAUUACUGUCCCAGACAAAAGAAAACCAAGACCCAUGAGUGGGCAUCGGUCAACAAGGAAACGAUGUGGAGAUUCUCACCCGGAGUCCCCUAUGGGCUUCGGGCAUAUGAGUACUACAGGAUGUGUAUUAAAUAAAUUGUUUCAGUUACCUACACCACCAUUGUCAAGACACCAACUAAAACGGCUAGAAGAACACAGAUAUCAGAGUGCUGGACGGUCCCUGCUUGAACCCUUAAUGCAGGGAUAUUGGGAAUGGCUAGUUGGUAGAGUUCCCUCCUGGAUUGCCCCAAAUCUCAUCACCAUCAUUGGACUAUCAAUAAACAUCUGUACAACCGUUUUGUUAGUCUACUAUUGCCCUACAGCUACAGAACAGGCACCUCUGUGGGCAUAUAUUGCUUGUGCAUGUGGCCUUUUCAUUUACCAGUCUUUGGAUGCUAUAGAUGGGAAGCAAGCCAGAAGAACCAAUAGUAGCUCUCCUUUGGGAGAGCUUUUUGAUCAUGGCUGUGAUUCACUAUCAACAGUUUUUGUGGUUCUUGGAACUUGCAUUGCAGUGCAACUGGGGACAAACCCUGACUGGAUGUUUUUUUGUUGUUUUGCUGGGACUUUCAUGUUCUAUUGCGCACACUGGCAAACAUAUGUUUCUGGAACAUUGCGAUUUGGAAUAAUUGAUGUGACUGAAGUGCAAAUCUUCAUAAUAAUCAUGCAUUUGCUGGCAGUGAUUGGAGGACCACCUUUUUGGCAAUCUAUGAUUCCAGUGCUGAAUAUUGAAGUGAAAAUUUUUCCUGCACUUUGCACUGUAGCAGGGACCAUAUUUUCCUGUACAAAUUACUUCCGUGUAAUCUUCACAGGUGGUGUUGGCAAAAAUGGAUCAACAAUAGCAGGAACAAGUGUCCUUUCUCCUUUUCUCCAUAUUGGAUCAGUGAUUACAUUAGCUGCAGUGAUCUACAAGAAAUCAGCAGUUCAGCUUUUUGAAAAGCAUCCCUGUCUUUAUAUACUGACAUUUGGUUUUGUAUCUGCUAAAAUCACUAAUAAGCUUGUGGUUGCACAUAUGACGAAAAGUGAAAUGCAUUUGCAUGACACAGCAUUCAUAGGUCCAGCACUUUUGUUUCUGGACCAAUAUUUUAACAGCUUUAUUGAUGAAUAUAUUGUACUUUGGAUUGCUCUGGUCUUCUCAUUCUUUGAUUUGAUCCGCUAUUGUGUCAGUGUCUGCAACCAAAUUGCAUCUCACCUUCACAUACAUGUUUUCAGAAUCAAGGUCUCUACAGCUCAUUCUAAUCAUCAUUAAUGAUGUAAUUGGUGUUACAUAGGAAACUUGUGUUUUCUGAAGGAAAGAAUCUGAAUAUAUUAAGGAGAAUGGGGUGGAUAAGAACAAAUAUAAUUUAUAAUAAUCAAUGUUGUAUAACUUUUAUUCUUUGUUAUUGGUAACACUCCUUAACUAUGCUGUGUGAGAAUGGGAGUUUCAAGUCCCCUCCUGUAAAUUGUAUAUGUUGUCAUACAGAGUUUGGCCCAAGAAAGCAUGCAGGAAAAAAGAUGCCGUGUGUUUAUAAUUAUCCUGGAUUCAAAAUAAAAUUGUCAUGGGGAGCCAGAUCCCCAGUGGUGGAGAUUUCUAAUGUAGAAUAUUUGCAGGCCAACAGAUGGUUGCUUUAUAAUUUUAACAUAUCAUCAUCUUUUAUUGACAUCCUUGUUUAGUGUCUUCUCAAGCUUUCUUUUACUAAGGAGCUCAGCUUGUGGCACAGAUACAUUCCACCAGCUUGUGAGGUAGAACUCGUGAUAAAGACUUUGAAUUUGGAUUGAAAGUUUCUAUCUUUACAUCAUUGAGGAAGUCAUUUUUUAAUUGCUCAAGAAGUAAUAUCUCAUGGGCUUGGGAAAUCCUGUCAGCAUGCAGAAUAAUGUGGUAACUUUGUCGAUCCAUUUUAUUUUUUUAAAUAAAUAUAUGAUCUGAAAGCCAGCUUUUUUCUCAGUUUUAUUCAGUGGAAAGAUAAACUAAGUUUUAAUGUCUUUUUUUUUUUUUUAAGCAAAAUUUAUUCCUGUUCUUUAAUAAAUAAGGAAAUUUGGUCAGCUGCA